ACGCCGAAUUUUCAUUUUUCGAGUUCCCCCAUGGGGGUAUACAUUGAUCGAAUUUCAAGCUCUCUUGUGACGAUCUGGAGUACGCGAUACGAUUAUUAGGGUUUCAAAAAUCGUUCUCGGGAGGUUUCUCUACAGCUGGCUGAAUAAUUCUUCAUCUGAAUUUUUCGUUAAUUCAAAAAUAACCGGUGUCCAAGCCUUGCAUACAACCAAGAGGAAUUUCAGAGAGACCGACUGGAGUCAUAACACAAGUCAACAGGUAAUAAUUUUCUGUCAAGAAAGUGAAAGUUUCACUCUACAUCGUCGUUGGCAAACCUCCUGGUAAAUUUUUCUAAAUGUUUCGACGGAAAUAUAACAUCAAUAAUGCGGGAAGGUGUGCUUUUAAAUUCAGAAACUCUAAGUAUUUGUCUGUGUAUUUGGUGGUAAUCAAGUAACCUAACUAAGGUCAUUCAAGGUUAACCUACAAUAUUCAUUAUUACCAAAUUCUCAUUUCUUGGAUUGUUUUUGAAAUUUACUGAGGGUUUCUGUUGUGUCGAAGUUUUUUUUCUGUCCGAACCCAGGUGACGAGCCAACUUAAAGCAUGUUAUAACAAAAACGAUGACUGCGUGAUUUGUGCUAUUUAAGAUGAAACACUCAUAUUGUUUCAUUGAUCCAUCUGUACAGCCCGGGGGUACUCCUGGGAAUUGUCGGUGGGGGUGUGCCGCCCGGUUUUCCACGUUUUCAGACCAAACCUCUAAAAUCCAUACCCGUAAGCGUUUUCAGACCUCGUCUUUGGGCAGAAAUUAUCUCAUCAAUACUUAGAUUAGAGCGCAAACCAAAAAAUUCUUCAAAGGCGUUUAGAAUUCGCAUAUUACUAUGUCUUUCUUAUUCAUUUGGAAUUGAAAUUCCCGUAGUUCCCUCGAAAACCAAACCCGAUUCCGAAUUAAAAUGUAUACCCGUUUUCAGACCAAAAAGGCCCAAAAACCAUACCCUUUGGGGCUGCACAUACCUAUAGAGUGUUUUCACUCACGUGGCCAACAUCUAUGCAACUUUAUUGGAACAAGAGAAAGCGUUUGCAUAAAAAAAGAGUUCAACUCCCACAGGAUUGGUUUGGGACACCAACGUGGCCGCCGUUUCAUUGUUUUGGGACACCAAUAUGGCCGCCGUGACGUCAUGUGAAAACACUCUAUAUGGCUUAAAUAAGGGAGUCCCCCCCCCCCGGGCUGUACAGAAGCUUGGCUAGGGUGGUGCCACUGAGCCCCAACCCUUUCUUAGAAAAAAGGUUUUCAUUUUGCAACCCUGGUAAAGACACUGAAGACUCUGGGAUUAACCAGUAACUUACUGUCCUCACCAGAUAAAAAAAAAAUCAUAACUGUCAUGUACUUUUAAUUUCCCUAAAGCCAUUAAGCGCUAUAAAAGAACACUUAAGCACUAACAGUAAAAAUAGUAACUAGCUGGAUGCGACAAUAAUUCGUGAAUAUGAAUACACUAAAACCCCAAUCCUGUUCAGCGGGCACAACUUUGAUUUGCCAGGUAAAGGAGUUUCACCUAGCCACCUCCCCCUACCCCACUCCCUCACCGGGCCCAAAGUGUUUGGAGCAAAGACUAGGUUAGGAGCACACACUCAAAAAACACUUAGAUUCUUCAUUCAUGCUGAAUUCUCAACCAAUGAACUUGCGCAUGAUCAAUUUACACUUAGAUUCAGUCAUGCUGUAUUCUCAACCAGAGAACUCGCGCAUAAUCAAUUUUACAUCAUAAAAGAAUGGGGUUUUUUGUAAAGUAAGCGCCAGUUUGAAAUUCUCUCUCAUUCGCGAUCAAUUGCUCUUUUAUAUUCUUUUUUCAUGUUAUAGAAUGAUCAAAAUACAAGCACUGCAGGAAGUAACAUUUUUGCUGUUUUGCAACGUGGUCGCGAGCGUCAAUAUAGAGAAGGAUACUGGUGUGUCUGAGUUUGUGGCAGCUGUGUACGAACAUGCUUUUGUCACAGUGGAAAACAGAACGACUGUACGCCCCCGGAAAGAGGCAAGAGCGAUCAUCAUGCAAAACAUGGAUAUAUAUGAAGAACAAAUGCAAAAAGCUAAACAACAGGUAAAAAAAAUCAUAGCUGUGAUUAUGGAUUGAUAGACUUAACCAUUCGAUCCAAAUUUAUAUAAUUUGCAUUAGAAGAUAACAACGUUUUGAGAUGACAAAGAGCCUUUAAAGAAUUGAAGUUUGAAGUUUAUUGAUCUUCGUAGAAGUUGCAAAUUAAAUUAAAUUAAAACAAACAUCUUCACACAAAAUCCUCUGUUCGAUAUAGGUUGACUAAUCGAGGAGUCAUCGAGGCGGGCAAAGGAAAACAUAAAGUAAUUUAACUAGGAAGAAAUUAUGAAAAGGAAAGAAAAAGGAAGAUAGAUCUAUAUAAAUGACACAAGAAGACGGACUGAAGUUAUUACAAUACAACGUUACAAAAUAUACAAACUUAUUGUACAGAAUUGUUACUUCAGAACAAAAUGACCGCUUGCACUUCGGCGAAAAUUGCAAGAUGUUUCUUCUCUUGUGACGACCUGGUCUAGUUUUCGAUUCAGCCAUGAGUCUUUAAUGUUUAGUGCUACAGUGCCACUUGCCUGACAAAUCGCGUGGAGAAAAAGGUCGAGAGUACCUCCUUUUAUUCGUUAUCUACAGUCACCCCUCUUUGUUCUGUAGGCUUAUACAUGUAUUAUAAAUUAAGGUGCUUGGGUGACAUGAAGGGUUUUAGUUUAUGCGGAAAAGCAAAUAUUCAAACAUUCCAUCUUUGUUAAGGUGAAUCCGUUCUCGAAAUCCGUGGAGUGGAUUUUUUUAACUAGAAUGGUCCGACAGUCCAGGUAAAAGAUUCAAGACCACAAAAUUGCUGUCCAGUUCAUCUUCCUUUUAAGCCCGCGGCAAAUAACAAAAAUUAAAUUUAUUGACUGACCCUGAGUGAAGUAGAUGUGUAUACAAACAGUACAAAUACGGUACUGAAUGGUUACAACAAAACAAUGUCAUGCUUAUUAUCAUUCAAUUUUUCAAAAAUUCUUUUUUAACAGAAUGCUAGUAUCAUCGUGUUUCCCGAAUAUGGCUUGACCGGGUUUGGCUACACACGUGAAUCCUUUAAACCCUUCCUGGAGAACAUUCCUGACCCACAAAAAGUUAACUGGAAUGCGUGCCAAGAUCAAGAAGCAAACUCCACUACACCUAUCUUAUACCGCCUCAGCUGCCUGGCUAAGACCUACGAUAUGUACCUUGUGGUCAAUAUGGGAGACAUAAAACAAUGUAAUAACAGCAUUGAUGAACAUUGCCCAGCUGAUGGCCGCUACCAGUACAAUACAAACGUGGCGUUUGAUAACAAAGGCAAACUUGUGGUGAGAUAUCACAAGCAGCACCCUUUCUUGAACGAGAUGAAAGUUGUCGACCGUCCAGUCAAGCCUGAAUACAUCACCUUCGAAACUCCUUUCGGAAAAGUUGGAACAUUCAUUUGCUUUGAUGUCCUGUUUCAUAAUCCCGCAAUACCAUUAGUAACUCAGCAUCAAAUUGAUCACGUGGUCUUUCCCACGGCUUGGUUUGAUGUUCUCCCUCUGUUUGCAGCCAUUGGAUUUCACGGUUCGUGGGCUCAAGGAAUGCAAGUAAAUUUCCUAGCGGCCAACACUCAUGUACCAGCGUUCUUAAGCACAGGUAGUGGUAUCUAUAGUCCCACUGGUGUUAAAAAAUACUACAGAAGCCUUUCCGCCAAAGGUUCUCUCUCGGUUGCCACCUUGCUGAAAAACCCAAGGAGUAGGCAGAGAGAUGUGCCUGAGGUCAACAAUAAAGAGAUACAGUCAAUGAAAGCCAGCGAAGACUCGUUCUUCUCCGAUUUGUUUGGUGAUUUGUUCUUGUUCAGAGAGUUAACCAGACCUGAAGGCACUUUGGAUGUUUGUUACAACGAUAGCGACGUCUGCUGCUCUCUCACCUACAAGAUGGCGGGCAAACGCGCCGACGAACUGUACGCUUUGGGCGUCUUUGACGGUCUUCACACCAAAGAGGGACAGUAUUACUUACGAAUCUGCGCCCUUAUUAAAUGUCAUGGAUUAAAUCGCGACUCGUGUGGAAAACGCACAUACAACGCAAGCACGAUCUUCGACUCCUUCACUCUCCGAGGACAGUUGAAGACGCCAUAUAUUUUUCCGCAGGUGGUGGCCGAUGGCGUCUCUCUUCUCCCUGGAGAAUGGGACCAUAGUAUGCCUGUCACGCAGAUGCAGACCAAGCAAAAACUGUCAAAAGGUCUAUUGACUGCAGCACUAUUUGGACGAGUCUAUAAACUGGAUGACGGCUUGGUUAACCCCACCGAGGUAUCCCUCGCCACACCCCUUAUGUCGUCCAAGUGCUUCCUUGCUGCCUUGUUGUUAGUGAAGGCUUGUCAGUUUGUGAUAUGAUCAAAUGAGCAAAGUGACUUCCUUCUUCAGUAGCUUUUGACUCAUUAUAAUCAUAAAAACAAAAUGCUUUGUGCAUGGAAGAUAAUCUCUCGCUUAAUGUGCUAUAUAGUCCUUUCACAUCAGAUUUAAAGCUAAAAUAUAAAUAAUUGAUGUAAUGUUGAAACAGGAAAGACUUUCCUCGGUUGCAUCAUAAGUCUUAAUAAUUAAGAUCAUCAAAGCCUUUUACAUGUUUUUAAAUAAAGUUUUUCUAUUCUUUAACACAUUCAAAAUUGAAAAUACAAGAUGGUGGUAAUAGUCUUGUCAUGAACCGACAAUUAAGACAAGUGUAAUUUAUUGUCAGUAAUUAUAUGGAAUGUAUGGGUGGUUAUUCCAGCCAGCCUACAACGUUAAUUAUGUAAUAGUUUUUAUUUAUUUGUAUUUUUUGAUUAUUUCUUCCAGCCGGUAGAAUA